AUGAUUUUCCAGGACCUCUUAAAAGGGUAUAUUAGGAAGAAUAUUUCAGCUCGUUGCAUUAUGAAGAUUGAUCUCAGCAAGGCCUAUGAUACCGUUGAUUGGCUCUUUGUAGAGAAGUUGCUUAAGAGUCUCUGUUUCCCUUCUAGAUUUAUUAAUUGGAUCAUGAUUUGUCUUAAAGGUACGAGUUACAGCCUCCUCAUGAAUGGUAGGAUUCAGGGGUCGUUUAAAGGGGAAAAAGGUCUUCGUCAAGGUGACCCAAUUUCGCCUCUGUUAUUUGUGUUAAUAAUGGAGUACCUAACUAGACUUUUGGCUCACAACGCUGGUAAAAAAGGUUUCGGAUUCCACCCUUUGUGCAAGCAGCUUAGAUUAACUAACCUUUGCUUUGCAGAUGAUUUGAUCAUUUUUUGCAAAGGUAACUUCAACUCGGUGAGAUUCAUUCAUGAUGCCUUCAAGAGAUUCUGUGAUUCUUCAGGUCUCUCAGCGAAUAAAUCAAAAUCUAAUAUCUUCUUUGGAGGCGUUAAAGAUGAAGCUAAACUCAAGAUACUUGAUCUUAUGCAAAUGGAUGAAGGUACUUUCCCUUUGAAGUACUUAGGUGUUCAUCUUAGGCCUACUAAAUGGCAGGCUGCUGAUUGUGGGGUGAUUUUGGACAAAUUGCACAAGAAUCUUAACUGCUGGGCGAGUAGGAACCUUUCCUUUGCAGGGCGGGCUCAGCUUAUUCAUUCAGUGCUGCUUGGUAUUCGGAACUUUUGGAUGAGCAUCUUCAUUCUGCCUUCCAAAGUCACAGCUGCUAUUGAUAAAUGUUGUCGCGAUUUCCUUUGGGGUUCUAGAGGAAAUAGGAGUAAGUUUCAUCUCCCAUCUUGGGAGAAGGUGUGCCUUCCGAAAAAUUUGGGUGGAAUUGGCUUUCGUGAAGGCAAGAAGUGGAAUGUAGCUGUGAUGGCUAAGUAUAUUUGGGCCUCUUCUAGUAAGCAAGAUUGUCUUUGGGUUAAAUGGAUUAAUUCCAUUUAUCUUAAAAAUCAUACUAUAUGGAGUAUUCCUUUUAAGCAAGAUAUGAGUUGGUACUUCAAGAAGCUUCUCAAAGUAAGGCAGUCUACUGACUAUCAUUCUUUGCAGCUUGCUGAAAAGGGAGGGAAGUUUAGAGUUAAGAAGUUUUAUUCGUCCAUGAUUUAUGCUCAAAGAGUUAUAUAUGCAGAGACGGUUUGUAAUAAACUCAUUGUGGCCAAGCAUAGAUUUAUCUAUUGGCAGAUUUUUAACUCUCAAUUGCUGACCAGAGAUCACUUGAGCCGCUUUAUUCCUAUCAUAUCCUCUCUUUGCCCUGUUUGUGAUCUGGUCUUAGAAUCACAUAGUCACCUCUUUUUGGACUGUCUCUUUUCCCGAAGGCUUUUUGGGGAAAUUAGCAGCUGUCUUGGGGUUUUUAAGUGGCCGACUUCUCAGGUGGAGCUACAGGAUUGGUGCCUUUCUGCUACACGAGGCUUGAAGCACCAGAUUCUCAAUGCUGUUCUUGCAGCUACUUUGUAUUUCAUUUGGAAAAACAGAAACAAUUGUAUUUUUGAAUUAGCUUGCUUUACUACCAGUAGUGUUAGUUCUGAAAUUAGGAAAGUAGUUAAAUGUAGAAUCUUGGGUUUGGGUCUUCUUAGAGCUAGCAAAAUGGACAGUUAUUUGAUCAAUAUUGUAGAGGGCUGGUAG